AUGCCUUUUUGGGUUAUUUAUCACCCCAAACAUGUAUUUGACGAUGAGAAGUCCAAAAAGUCAUUGUCACAGGACAUUACCAAACUCUACACUGAUAUCGGUCUACCCGCUUUCUAUGUCGUUAUUGUCUUCACGGAGGUCUCAGACGUAAACAUGUACGUUGGCGGGGACCAGACAACCACUCCUUUCAUUCGGAUUGUAGUCGAUCAUAUCGCAGUUCGAAUGGAAGACCCAAAAAACUAUGCGGAUUGGACUUCGAAAGUUGACGAUGCGCUUAAACCUCACAUUGAGAAUAAAGGAUACAACUGGGAAUAUCACAUUGACGAGACGGAGCGUCGGCUAUGGAAGGUCAAUGGAAUGUAUGCACCGCCAUUUGGUAGCCAGCCAGAGAAGGCAUGGGUUGCUGAGAACAAGCCACUGUACUGGGAGGAAACGAAAUGA